AUGUCGAAGUUGAACGACGACCACAAGGUCGAGGUCAAUCAUGAAAGGGCUGAAGAACCUAAAUCUUCACAUGGUCAUGAAAACAUCAAUGAUGAUUGCGAUACUGAGAGUCAAGUAAGUGAGACUCAAGCCGGCGUGAAAAAGUUGGAGGCCAUCAGCAAGACAUGGACCUCAACAGGAUUGAUUAUCGCCUACGUCACAUUGCUGUUGAUUGCCAAUGCCACAUCUCUCGAGGUGCAGGUUACGAGUGUGAUGGGUAGUUACGCGACGAGUUCGUUCGGCGAACAUUCUCUUAUUGCGACUAUUUACGUGGUUCAAAGUGUUGUCAACUCCGUAAUCAAGCCUCCCAUGGGUAAAAUUGCCGAUGUCUUUGGUCGUCUGGAAUCGUUCUGCACAUCAAUUCUCCUGUACACAAUCGGCUACAUAAUGCAAGCCUCCAGUCAAAAUGUGCAAACCUUUGCGGGAGCUCAGAUCUUCUACUCAGCCGGAAAUCAAGGACUACAGAUACUUCAGCAAAUCUUUGUUGCCGACACAACGGAUCUGCUCAAUCGUGCGCUCUUCUCGACCUUGUUUGACGUUCCAUUCCUCUGGACUGUGUGGGCAGGCCCGGAGGCGGCUCAACGCAUUCUAGAGACUACCACCUGGCGCUGGGGCUAUGGGAUGUGGGCAAUCAUUCUGCCGGUCGUGUUCACUCCACUUGCAGUGAUCCUCUUCCUAAACCAAAGGCGGGCGAAGAGGCAAGGACUGGCAGUACCAAGCCCCUUGCAUGGAAAAUCUGCCUUAGAAAUAAUAAAGAACUUCUGGUACGACAUGGACCUAUUCGGCCUCCUCCUUUUCGCAACUGCCAUCUCGCUGAUUCUCCUUCCAUUGACUCUUGCUCCUCGGGCAAGUCGGGGAUGGGAAACGCCUAGUAUGAUUGCAAUGCUCGUCAUCGGCGGCGUGUUCCUCUUGCUGUUUCCAUUCUGGGAAAAUUCCAAGAGGCUCACGCCCAGACCAUUCUUCCCGCCAGCUUUAUUUAAGAGCAAGACGGUCAUCGCAGGCAAUCUGAUUGCCUUUUUCUAUUUUAUGGCCUUCUACUUGUCAGUCUUCCCAUACUUUUACUCGUACCUUGUCAUAGUGCAGCACAAAUCAACUGCAGCGGCCGGACACAUUACACAGGUCUUUUCGUUCACGUCCACGGUGUCGUCAAUAGCGGUGUCUUUCAUGAUCAAGUAUACCGCUCAUUACAAGUACUUUAUUACCGCUGGAGCUUGUAUAUACCUGAUGGGCAUGGGCAUCAUGUUUCACUACCGCAACGAAGGUGCAUCUACCGGGACUCUCAUUGGCACGCAGCUGGUCAUUGGAAUCGGCGGCGGCAUGCUCAACGUACCAACUCAGCUCGGCGUCCAGGCCUCCGCAUCUCAUCAGCAAGUGGCCUUGGCAACGGCAGUCUGGCUCACCAUUCUUGAGGUUGGCGGUGCAGUAGGCAACGCCGUGUCAGGCGCGAUCUGGAGUAGCAACGUCUUACCAAAACUCCGCCAAUACUUACCAGAAGCUUCAGUUGGAAGUGCUGAGCUCAUUUACGGAAGCAUCAACUACUCGGGUAACUACACGCUGUACCCGGUCGGAUCACCAGAACGCGUAGCAAUCAACCGAUCAUAUCAGGAAACUAUGAAGCUGUUGCUCACAGCGGCUGUGAUUGUGGCCGCGCCUAUAAUUCCACUUAGUCUGCUCAUGAAGAACUACAAGCUCGACCAGAUGGAUCAGAAGGUCGAAGGAAAGGUCAUUGGUGAUACCAAGAAAGGUGACGAGAGGCGCCGAAGUAUUUGGGGCCGCUAGGGUAAGCGUACGUCUAGCUAUUUGCCGUACAAAACGGCUGUAGCUGAAGACGUUUGUAUGUGGAUGAUCAGGCGCUGUAGCUGUAGAUAGAAUUGUG